AUGACUUUUACAUUCGUUGCUGUUGCGUAUAUUACUGCACUUAUUCUUACAGCUUUACUUAUCUUUUUUGCUAUAUGGCAUAUAAUUGCAUUCGACGAAUUGAAAAAUGAUCAUAAAAAUCCGAUUGAACAAUGCAAAUCAUUGAAUCCAUUAAUCAUUCCUGAAUAUGGUACACAUAUAUUUAUUAAUUUUCUAUUUCUGUUUGGCGGUGAAUGGUUAACGUUAUUUUUUAAUAUGCCGUUAAUUGCAUAUCAUAUAAAUAAAUUUCGCAUACGUCCUGUUAUGAGUGGAUUCGGUGUGUAUGAUCCAACAACAAUAAUGAAUGCUCAAAUACUAAAUUUAGCACAACGUGAAGGUUGGAUUAAACUCGGCUUCUAUAUGAUCACAUUCUUCUAUUAUCUUUAUUGUAUGAUUGCUGAACUUAUUCGCGAAUAG